AUGGACCGUCGAGCCACUUGCCGCUGCAGCUCUGAACGGCCGUGCAGGGAAGCCUUCGUGCGCAUCCGUCGACAGUCCCCACGUCGAGCAAGUUGGGCUGUCAAGUCGCUUGUCCCUCCGCCGGCGGUUGGCUCCCCCGGCUGCGUCCAUCGGGAUACGACCGUGGGUCAUGGCUGGAUGCCUACUGAUGUCCUUCGACGUUCCCUCCCUGGCCGGAUGGGCUCGUCUGACCACGGAUUACAUUUCCUCGUCACAUACGGUACGCUGUGGCGCGCAGCGGCAGCUGGAGAUCGGAGAUCUACUUGCGUUGGCAGUGUUUAUUACACGGCCAGAAUGGAUGGAGCAAACGUUUUGUGGCUGGUACCUACUGUCGGUCAGAGUGCCGGACAUUUCCUCCGGCCCAUCAAGCACACUGUGAUCGUGAGGGACUGCACGGCGCUUCUCUCCGGUGGCCAUCCAGCCUUCGGUUCGGUUCCUGCAUUGACGAACUGCUUCGCAUCUGAAUCUGCAGAGGCCCAUGCCAUCCGUGCACGGCACUAUCGUUCAGUUAGUGUGUUUAGUGCUUAUGUUAAUCCCUCCGGCUUCUGCAUGGCUUCUAUCCAGCUACUACGGCCUGCAGAAUGCUCGGUUGACAGUCUGAAGUCAUACCUGACAUCACUGCCGAUAUCAGAGGAAUACAGAGCCCAGAAGAUUUGA